AAGAGAAACUUUGGGAGAAAGCUAAUAGAUUAUAUCGUGGAUACGAAUUUAUUUCUCUUAGAGGAAAAGAUGAUGCACAAACAAAAAAAUAUUUUGGAAUUGGGAUCAAUGCGUAUGAAAUUGGUGAGGGUGAAUAUGAUACAACGGAAAAUCAUAUUAAACUUGCAUCAAAAGAUUUAAUUGCGGGGCUUAUUUCGAUGGAUAUCACUCACAGACUACUAUAUCUUUUGGAAACUGUAAGACUUCCUUACGUCACAAGUGAACAAAUUUUGCUUAUGCUUGUUCGCUUUGCACGUCAUUCACGAAAAACUGCCAAAACUAUAUUCGAAUGUCAUAGGUUGUUAGAUGUCGUUCAUGAAAAGUUUUUAUGCUUGGCUUGGCCACCUGUAGAUAACAAUGAUAGUUCUUCAAAUGAUUCAAAAUAUCCGAACUUGGCUGCUGCUAAACUCAUUCAUAUAUUGUGUCAAUCCUCAAAAAAAAACAGUAAAGAAAUUAUAAACAAAUAUAUGAAUACAUUUUUGAGAUAUAUUACAAUCAAUCCUGCAUCAUUUUCUAGUGAACUUGAAAUGAAUGUUGGAUAUAAUUUUUUUCUUGAAACACUGCGCAUUUACCAAACUCUCGCUGCAUAUGGACUUUAUCAUGAAAUAUUUUCACAAACAUACUGUAUUGUAAAUUGGUAUUUAGUGAGAGAAAUAUUAUAUUCUCUCACUCCUCCAUGGGAAUGGAAAAGUGGUGAUAAUUAUCAAAUGAGACAAAAGCUGGGAAUAGCAACAUCUUUCUUCAGACUUUUGGAAAUUUGGAUUCGUGUUCAAAACUCUGAAUCAGGUAAUAUUAAAGAAUAUGGUGCACAGCCGAGCGAGAUUAUAAGAGAUUCUGUUGAUUUCUUAGCAAACUGGAUGAUUACAUUUUCAUCCUCUCUUUUAUCGCAAAAUAUGGACAUUCGGGAAGAUUAUGAAAAGGCCUUAAAUUUAAUGUCGAGUAUUACAAGAUAUAUUUCCACGUGGUGUAAAGAUUUAGGAGAGCAUCAAUUAAAAGAUACUAGUGAAAUAUUGAGAAUUUGGGAAAAAUUGAAUCUUGCAUAUUGGCCUUCGUCUAAUCUUUGCAAUUAUUUACAAGAUCAAUUAACUAAUCAGAUACAAAAAAUGCAAAAGAUAUCAAGAGAUGAUAUUUGGCAAAUAUCAAAUUUAUCGGGUGCAUAUCAUCCAUCCACUUACGAAUAUAUUUCUGAAACCCUUUCAAUUUCAAUAAUAUGUGAUUCAUACUUGUCAUAUAUUUCUUUGGUUUAUCAGAUGUGCCAAUUGCUUUCUAACGACAAUAACUUUUCGCUCAAAGCGUUGGAAGUGAUCAAAUCAAGUAUAUCAAUUGAUCCAUUACUACUUCAUACGAUAAAAAGUCCUGCAAAAGGUGAUUGGCUUGAUUUCUUCAACAAAACGCGUACUUAUUUGCUUUAUGAAUGGAUGAUUGCUGUCAGCACGCUUAUUGAUAAUACAAGAACAAACGAAAUAAAUGUACCAAAUUUAACGAGCCUAUUACAUGAAGCUUUAAUAAUAAUGCCCAAUAUUUUACCCGGUGAUGAAAAAAUAGCUUUGGAUAUUCUAGCCCGAAUAAUGAAAGGAAUAUACUCAGAAUCACCCGACGCUGCUAUUAAAGAGAGCAUCAAUACACUCAAGUCAUUUUAUGAAUGUCGAAUUGUUACAAAUAAUACUGAUGAUCAAGAGAAUAAUACUUUAUUAUGGGAUUACGGAACUUCAGACGGAUUGCCAUUAUUAAAAGGUUGGUUAUGGACACCAAUUGAUGUUCUCUAUUCCAAAAAACCAGAUCUGGCAAUGGACGAUGAAGUUCGAAUUGAAGCAGUCCAGAAUUGUUUAAUUUUGGUGUGUGAAGUUAUGAAAUUAUGCAAGAACAUUACAGAUUUUUCAAUUGCCAACUUUAUUAUAGAUCCUGUUACAAUUAUAAUAUCCAUUAUGAAAAUCUUUAUGUUGGAUGGUGAAAUCUAUAGAUCACCUGACAUUGAACAAUUGAUUGAAAGAAUCAUUUCAUCGUUCACUUGCCAACAAUCUUCUGGCAAUAAUACUAAAUUGAUUAAGCAAUUUCUGGAAGAUACAACAGGAGUCCUUGAAGUACCAUUUUAUCAAUUUUUUACAGAUUUUUCAGCUGCAUAUGCUGCUGGGUCAUACGGUAACAAAACUUUUGCGCAAUUGCUAAUUCUGCCAAUAUCCUCCACCUAUCCUAUUGACUUCAAAUAUCUCGUAUGGAGCGAUUUGUACGAUAUUCUGGGAACAAUUAGAAUUGAUUAUAAUGAUGUGAUAUGUUUGGAACCAUUAAAUUUAUAUUUUUGGCCCAUAGAAAUUAACGCAGCUAUAUUACAAGCAUAUGUUGGUGCAGUUAUUCAUUGCAAGGUUACACGCGAUAAAGCACCAUUCAUGUAUUGGUUGGCGAUUCAUCAUUUAAAUGGUUAUGUGUUUUUUGAAGAUUGGAAGAUAAAUACUCAAAAAAAGAUUGAUAUUUCAAAUGCAAUAAUUAAAAGUAAAAAACUAGUAAUGAUUAAUGAUUGGAUUAAAUAUACAUCGAGAAAUUUUGGUGAAGGAGUGUUCGAAUUGGUCAAGAUGCCUCAAUGCUUCAUGGAUAUUGAUCAGGAAGUUCAACGUAGAAUAGAAAUAUUAAAAGAGCUUAAAAUUGAAUUUGAUGAGAUAAUAUUUGGAGG